UAAAAAUGAAUGUAGGAGUUGCCCACAGCGAGGUAAAUCCAAACACACGGGUGAUGAACAGUCGUGGAAUGUGGCUGACGUAUGCACUUGGAGUUGGCAUGCUGCACAUUGUCUUGCUCAGCAUUCCUUUCUUUAGUGUCCCUGUUGCCUGGACUUUAACAAAUGUGAUUCAUAACCUGGGAAUGUAUGUGUUUUUACAUGCAGUAAAGGGGACUCCUUUUGAAACACCCGAUCAGGGGAAGGCUAGGCUACUAACACACUGGGAACAACUGGAUUAUGGAGUACAAUUUACAUCCUCAAGAAAAUUCUUCACAAUCUCUCCUAUAAUUCUGUACUUCCUGGCGAGUUUCUACACAAAGUAUGAUCCAACACACUUUAUCCUCAACACAACCUCUCUCCUGACCGUGCUUAUCCCCAAGCUGCCACAGUUGCACGGCGUUCGAAUCUUUGGCAUCAAUAAAUAUUAAGCAGAAGGUUUGACGCUGACCACCCCUGACAUGGCUACUGCUGCUUCCCAGGUGAAGGAAACAAGCAGCCUACUGUGCCGUGUAUCCGAUUGUAUUCAACGAGAGAUGCUUUUCCAUCCGAGAUACAGUUCCCACUUCUGCAGCGCUGUCUGGGAUGAAAGCCGAGUUUAUAAGAAGAUGCCUUCAAAUACUUAAACAUGAAUCGGAAACCUCUAGAAGAAAGAUUUCCUUGAAGAACUGGGCAGGCCCAGCUCCAAAGCGUAAUCUAAGACUGUACAUAUGCCUGGCUGGUGCAAGUGACUUGUGAGGAAGGUGCGAGU